AUGAGCGCUUUUGGGCGACCCAGAGAUGAACCCGAGGGACAAUCGAUCGCUUCUACCGCUAAGGGCCGAACCGUUUGCCGGCAGACGGAGCGUGUCCUCUAUCAGUCGAAACCGCGCGAACACAGCACCCUGUGCGAAGUGCGUGACAUGUACGCGGCCGACAUCACCUCGUGCUCGGGCACUCGGCAUGAGAGUUGCAAUGACCACCAAUGGUGGCCACACGUGCAGCAACGUCUCAAAGAGAGUUCCGUUUCCUGUCUUACUGUUGUAGAUGUGAUUCCAUCGACCGUCGAAACGGAUCUCCAUCGAAUGGCUCGGGAUAAGAGAAUUGCGGAUUACGUCAUACGCUACAGCGGCGGUGCGUUGCGCGAGAGCGAAAUUAUUAACAUCUCCGGCUAUACCGAGGGAAAAGCGGGCAAUCAGGAUGCUGCAUGUAUAUCAAAGCAGAGAUUAUGGCAAAGUAACGAAGCGGUGGAAGUAAUUGGACCAUUGCGAGUAGUUCAUCAAUACGUCAAUAUGCCGGAACAAUUUGCAGAAUUUUACAACGAAACAACAAAAAAGACUGAGGAGGUGCGCGGUUGCGUACCAGCGAUGGGUUAUAGCUUUGCAGCUGGUACAACCGACGGACCUGGCUCAUUUGCUUUUGAGCAAGGAACAACAACGUCGAAUCCCCUUUGGAAUGCCGUACGAAACUUUUUGGCCUCUCCCACGGAAGAUGAUAUUCGUUGUCAGAGCCCGAAACCUAUUUUAUUACCUACUGGACGGAUGAAAAUUCCGUAUCAGUGGCAGCCAAAAAUUGUCUCGACGCAAGUCGCCGUAAUCGGAAACGUUGUCAUUGCUGGCGUGCCUGGCGAAUUCACGACAAUGUCCGGAAGAAGAUUGCGAGAGACUAUCAGGAGAGUUAUGAACGAUGCAUCCUACGACGAAACGUCCGUAAUAGUUGCAGGGCUCUGCAAUACUUAUAGCGAUUACGUGACCACGCCUGAGGAGUAUCAAAUACAGAGAUAUGAAGGCGCAUCGACAAUUUUUGGUCCACACACACUUACAAUAUACUUGAGGCAAUAUGAGGAGUUAGUAAAAGCGGCUAUUCAAAACAAAUCUGUUUCACCAGGACCACCCGCUCCGAAACUGCUGCAAAGUAAGUUGAUCUCUCUUGUACCUCCUGUACUGUACGACACUCCGCUAUGGGGACACAGCUUCGGGGAUGUUAUCCAACAGCCUCAAAAAGUCGCAUUGCCCGGUGACAAGAUUAUAGCGAUUUUUGUCUCCGGUCAUCCUCGUAAUAAUUUAAUGACCGAGAGUACGUUCCUAGCCGUGGAGCGAUUAGAGGAUGAUGAAGUUUGGAUACCAGUAGCCACGGAUGCUGAUUGGGAGACCAAAUUUCAAUGGAAACGAACUUCUGUGAUACUGGGGUCGAGUCAGGUGACCAUUACGUGGGAAGUCCCGCAGGAUGUUAAACUGGGCGAGUAUCGCAUCAGACAUAAUGGUUAUUAUCGCUAUGUCCUUGGUGGCGUAUAUCCUUACUAUGGUGCAACCAAUCAUUUUCACGUGAAAGUUCCUGCACCGAAUAUACGUCAACGCUAUUAUGGAUGACCACUUUGACGCCUUUCUUGUCCUUUCUUGUAUUUUCGACAAGAAAAUUAUUACGCUUACUUCGUAGUUAAAUUAUACCUAUCUUAUAUUUGUUCUACGUGUAAAUAGAUAUUCUAUUAUAGAAUAAAGGAUGGCCACAAAACGUGGAUACGGAAUGAUAACUUUUGUUUGAACGAUGUUGUAUAGCUUUACAUACAGAAGUUUGCAAAUUGAUCGGUUUCUUCUUUUCUGAAUAGAUAUUUCAUCUCCUAUAAGUUAAUAAUGUCCAACGGUACUGUUGCGAUUUUUUUUAUUAUAGUUUCAAUAUCCACUACAAC